AGUCAGUUGAAAUCCAUUCUCGAUACCAUUCGGUUCGUUAGGCAGUACCAAAUUCCAAGUAAAUUAUUUCUUGAAAAACAUUUCAAAUUUCGUAAUUCAAAUUGAAAUCGACGCAAUUCGCAAUUCGCAAUACGCAAUGGUGUGGAAUACGCUCUCCUUUUGGGAUGGUCAGCCGGUGACCUCACCCGUCUAUCCCCAGAUGGGGGAUAUGCUGAACCCGAAUACCUCCGGAUACCAGCGGACUCUUCACCCGCCUUCCCAGCCCCUUUAUCAUCAUGGUCAUCCGCAUCCGCAACCUCAUGCUCAUCCUCAUCCUCAUCAUCAUGGUCAUCCCCAUCCCCAUCCUCAAUCUCAGUCGCAUCAGAACGCGAGUUGCUACCUGCGGAUGGGCAUGGACAUGGGCAUGGGCGACUUUCGCCACAUGAGUUGUCCCCUGCCCAACUACAUCCCGCAGUUCCGGGAGCCCUGUUUGGACGACGGAGAGGCGUUCCGGGCCUACAACGGCAUGGAAAUGGACAUGGACCAGGGCUACGGCGGAGGAGCACGACCUGCCACUGAUGGCGCUAGCUAUGGAGCUAGCUAUGCAGCCGGGGCCAAGGGCCAUUUCUGGUAGCGAUCACAUCUCAAUCCACAACUUCUUGGCAUAUUCUCAUCGAUUUUUUGUGCGUUUGGUCAUUGGAACUAUUAAAAUGUUUUCUUGAAAAGUGA